AAUAGGAACUAUAAGUUAAAGUUAAGGUUAUAAUGGAAGUAGAAGGUUCUGGUCAAAAUUUGAGUUUGGGAGUGAGAAAGGGAACAUGGUCCGCUGAAGAAGAUCUUCUCCUCACUAAUUAUAUCAACAUGAACGGAGAAGGAAAGUGGCAUCUUAUUCCCAAGAAUGCAGGGUUGAAUCGAUGCAGAAAGAGUUGUAGAUUGAGAUGGUUGAAUUAUUUAAACCCUAAUGUAAAAAAAGGAAACUUUGCGGAGGAUGAGAUUGAUCUUGUUAUUAGGCUUCACAAAUUGUUAGGUAAAUUAUGGUCACUAAUUGCUGGUAGAAUUCCGAGAAGAACCGCCAACGAUAUAAAAAAUUUCUGGAACAGUCAUAUAAAAAAAACCCUAAAACCAAAUUGUUCAAAUAAAAAAGUUGAUAUUGUACCAAAGUUUGAUACUCCGAAUAAGGUUGAAGUCAUUAGACCUCGAGCUCGAACUUUGUCUACAAACUUUUGUUUAUUGAAAAGUAAAUCAGUUAUGACUGAAAACAUAAUUCACAACACAUCGAACAAAACAAAAGAAUUCAUUUAUGGAAACCAUUCAAAGUCGAGACUCUUAGAGCAUGAGCAGGGCCAUGAAAAUUCUCUUUGUUGCUUGAAAUCUCCACACAAUAAAUUAGUAGAAGUCAACAUUUCAAGUAAAGACAUGCCUCGAAAACAAGGAGAUGAUUAUUUGCAACAACAUUUAUCAACAUCCGACUACUUUGUUUCGGAGGCGACGAUAAAAGUCGAUGAUGUUUCUCUUGAGCAACAAAACAUUCCUCAAGUAAGCAUGGAUUGGGAUGAUUUAUUGUGGGAAAAUAUGGAUAUUCGUAGCUUGUUAGAAGAUGAAGAAAUUGUACUCUAA